CCCUCUGGGUGAAUUUGUGCCAUUGAAACGACUAACUGUCAUAUCGAGACGAUCAUACAAAAACAAGACCAGUACGCAAAACUGCACGACCGCCCGCCCAUCCGUGUCGCAAAUCGGCACAGCUGUGUAGCCUAGUCUAGACCCCGCUCCCGGCGCCAGAAGCUAAGCUACAGUAAGCCAUCUCAAGCCCGAAACAACCCCCCCCGCAUCCUCUUCCUGCAUCUCCAACAACUGCAUACCAUCCUCAUAUAAGAAUCCCACCCCACACCAUCAACAAUGAUCCGCCGAUUCGCUCACCGCGACCGCACACCCAACCAAAACGACGAGCCCGCAACGUCGGCCGACGACACGGAUGUCAGCCCCGACAACAACCAAUACUACCCGAGUUUGGAGGAUGUGCUGAAGACGCGCUAUCUCCUGUCCUGGAAGAUCGUCCCUGAGGGCCUGCCUUCGGAAAUUGUCGACAUGAUCGUCGAUGCCGCGGAGUAUUGGCCGUCGACGGUGACGCGACUGCAGAAGAAGAUGGUGGUGCAUCAGGAUCGGGACGCCGUGGUCGUGGUAACGCAGCCGCUUUGCUAUGAUGAGACGACACAAGAAAACACCACCCCAAAGCCACGUCCACACCGAACCAUCCAUCCCUGCCGCAAGAUCGUCUUCACAAUAGACAGCCGCGACCAAGGCUGGGGCGGCGGCCGACGAACCACACCCUACGAAGGCUCCUUCACCUGGUUCGACGUGGACGUGAUGCAUUCCGCACAGCAGCGAGCGCCAGACGCCCCGGGGCCAGAGUUCCACCCACCGCAAGGCGGCUUCGAAAACGACGCCCCGCUCCUUCUACCCAACGCUCACAAACUGCAGUGCAACAAGACGGCAGUGGGCGAGACACAGCGUCAUGUUGUCACGUGGCACUAUCAGGACUGUAUAGAAGAGGACUCGGCGGAGGCAGAGGAGAUCGCGAAUGAAACGGGGAGGGGGCGCGCGACGCUCGAUGGGAAGCAGGUGCGGGAAAUGGAGGUGGGAGAUGCGCUGGUCAUUUGGGCGCGCGCAAGGUUUGGAGGGUGGUCGAAUCGUGUGUAUGGGUUUUGGGUGAGGACUUUUUGGGCGGUUUGAUUUUUGCCCGUCUUGUUUGUAGUACCUUUUUUCUUUUUUGCCUUUCUCUUUCGGGAUGAUUAAACAGUACCCUUCAUGCAUUCAAUACCAUGGCAAGUCGUUGGCGCGAGAGAUAGAGAAGGGGAUGACCGAGCGCAGCAAUGAUACUUCAAGAUGGUGCUUAUUCGCUAGGUAGUCUCCGAUCAAUUACAUGCUCUCAUAAAGCAUACAGUGCCAAUGUGAGC